GCCGUGCCGCUUAUGAAGUAUAUAAACACAUGGAUCUACUUAGGUCUAAUUCCUCUAAUUCCAAUUCCUCUGCUGAAGCGAUCACUCAAGAUAGUACUUUUCAGCGACCUAAAUUUUCUAAAGAUCCUUUUUCUAAACAAAGUAAAUCUUAUAGUUUAACAAAAGCUGCUGCUAUUCGAAUGGUCACCUUUUCUCUUUUAUUUGCAAUUGUCAAUUUUUUUGCUUGUAUAACUAGCUUUUUAGCAAUUUUUAAAGGAGUAAGUAUAGAUAAAGAACCUUCUAGUGUUGAUUGGGUUG